AUGGGAUGGGUACUCAACGCGACACCAGAGGUUGACAGAUCCUCAGAAUACCCCAAGAUUAUUGGUAUCACGGUUACUUUGACAGUACUCGCACUAUCCAUUGUCACCGCCAGACUGUACAUCCGAUGGAAAGCUCGAGGUAUGGCGGGCGAUGACUGGAUGUCUGCCCUGUCCAUGGUUUUCGCUUUGAUCUAUUCCUGCAUUUGCAUCGCCCAAACGCGAUAUGGCCUUGGCCUCCCGAUCCCCGAUCGACCGAAAGAGAAUAUUGUAACAUACACACGAAUAAACUUUGCGGGCAGACCCUUCUAUCAGAUCGGCAUCAGUUUCUUCAAGAUUGCCCUGUUGAUUAGCUACCUGAGGCUCUUACGUGGUACAGACCACAAGACCUACAGGAAUGCCAUUUGGGUCACCAUCGUUCUUGUAUUCAUGUCCCAUCUUGGCUGUACACUAGCACUGGUGUUUUCCUGCAGUCCAGUUGACAAGUCUUGGAAUCCCCUCAAGGAAGGAAAGUGUCUUCCUCCCGGACCAUCCUUCACUGGAUACGCCGUUGUCACGAUCGUCUCCGAUGUUGUGGUUGCCAUUCUACCGAUUCCAGUAUUGGUGAAGCUGGAGAUUAAGCUGGCAAAAAAGAUUGGUCUUAUUGCUAUCUUCACACUGGGAAUCUUCACAACAGUCUGUUCAAUCCAGAGAUAUCGCCAAAUUGACCGAAUCCAGAACCCCAAAGACGGAAACUCUACCAUGCUGGUCCUCUGGGGCACCAUCGAGUUCAACGUCGGAAAUAUUGUCUCAUCACUCCCAUUCCUCGCCCCAAUCUUCAUCAAACGCGCGAAACAAUACCGAUCCAAGCCAUCAAGCCACAAUACCCCGAGCCGAAGCAAGAGAUUGGGGAGUAACGGAUACAAGCUCAAGGAUCUCAGUCAUACAGGGAAGAGGGACCAAUCUACCUUUACAUCGGUCGAGAACAGUUCUCAGGAGAACAUUCUAAACACAACAGGUGGUAUUGUCAAAUCUGUUACGUACACUGUCGAAGUAGACAAGGUUAAGUCGGAUAGCCUAGAGUCUGGUAGCAUGCGUCCAUAA